AUGCGAGACCACAAGGAGACAGAAUUCUUAAGACUAGUACAGGAAGAUAUGGAACUUUCUGAGUAUGAGAACAAAUUCGAGGAAUUGUUCCGAUAUGCCCCACAUCUUGUAAGUACCGAGCUCAUGAAGGUAAAACGUUACGAGAGGAGCCUGUGCUUAGAGAUCAGGAUUUUAUCCGUCUCUAAUAUUCUUGUUUACGUUCUGAUUGAUGUCGGUGCUACACAUUCGUUCAUAUCUAAUGCAUGUCUAGCUAAGAUUAAUGCUUCAUGUCAGAAGAAUGAUAGUGUACCAGAGGUGAGUAUGCCAUCAGGUGGAACUAUUGAUACGGAUAGGAUAGCCAAAGGAGUACGGAUAGAUUUUGAUGGACUGACUUUAGAGGCUGACUUACCAGGAAAAGAGGAGUUCAGAUUUUAUAGAUCGAGGAUUAAGGCACUUCCUCGCAUUAUCUCAGCUUUAAAACCAGAGAGCAUGUUGAGAAAGACUGACUAUCAAGGAUAUCUUAUCAGUCUUACCAACACAUCCACUCAAGAGAAAGUUAAUUGUGAUGUGCCAAUAGUACGAGAGUAUGUUGACGUGUUUCCCGAAGAUCUACCGGGUACUCUGCCCGAUAGACAAGUGGAGUUCACGAUAGAUCUAAUACCUGGAGCUACCCCUAUGUCCAAAGCUCCAUACCGAAUGGCACUAAAGGAAUACAAGAGUUGA